AUGGUAACCCGCCCCCGACCGGUCGGACAUGACAACAAGCAGUGUCAGGGUGACGACGACGCCAGCUCGGACCUGAGCGAAAUAUUUUCUGAUAUCGGAUCUGACAGUGACUCCAACACUGAUGCGGAUCUCGAUAGCGGGGUUUCGGAUAGCGAUGACGAUGGCCUCGACGACGACUCCAAGGAUGAGGGCCAGUUGUCUCCAGAAGCCUACUUGGCCCAAGCAGAGAGCCUGGAUGUAUCACAACUUCGACAAAAGCGGUACGCUGAUAAGACUCAGGAAGACCUAGACGGUACCCGCGUAUACUGGGAUAAGUACUGUCGACAUAUUCGCGUUGAACCGGUGCUACAGUGGAAGUCGAUCUCCGACUCGGAUGAGACGGUCCGUUUCCUGUAUGGCUUUUUCUGCUGGAGGUGCGAUAUCCGUCGUGGCAAAGACAAUCGAUACUGUCCAGGUAUUAGGCACAAAAGCUCGUUGGAAACAUUUUGGAAGUGGUGGCAUCUUGUUCUUAAGCAGGAGACAGCAUCAGAGCUGAGCAAGGAAACUAUUGUCAAAGUUGAAGAUGUCAUUGCUCUUGUGGCCAAGGAGAAAAAGCUGGAGCUCACCCGGCGACCCAAGAAGAAUAUGUACAUUGAAGAUGUUGCCGAAUUCGCACGUGUUCUCUUGACCACGACUGAGAUGACGUAUGUCUGCGGCUGGCAGCGUAUUCAACUGCUUUUCUUCUGCCAGCUUGCAGCUCUCACUGCAAACCGUCCAGGGGCGAUUCUUCAUCUUCGCUAUCAGGAUAUAGGGCUAAAACUGAUUCGAGAUCCGGAAGGCGGACGACCUCGGCUGUUCAUCUUCUUGAAACCAACUUUCACGAAGAGGUUCCUGGGAACGAAAGCUCCGAACGAGUUUAAAAUCCCAGAAAUCAUCUUUGAUCCAAGCUUGGUCCUUAGUCCACAUGUCACUCUGCUUAGUAUGCUCUUUUACAUCAACGGCUUCAAGAGCUUUUCGAAAACCGGGCCAGUGCUGGAUUCUCCGGAGAAACUCUAUAGCCUUAGGAUUCUCGAUGGCUUGGGGCAGCAGGAGCUGCUUUUGAAAGAUGAGUUAUCGGAUAAGUUUGUGUUUUGCCAGGUGGAGCGCGAAUCUAUUGGAUAUAGAAUUGUCCUUGAGAAGAUGAUGACGGCGUCCAUGGUAACAUCCAGGAUGCGUCGAGGUGGUGAGAUUACAGGCUUUGACCAGGUCAGUCACCCGUAUAAUCUCCGAUACGCGGGAGCCAAGGCAUUCAACAACAGUGACGAGGUGACAGACGCUCUCCAGAACGUCAUCCUCCAGCACUCGGAUAUUCGCACCUUUAUUCGGCAUUAUGAGGUGGACGUCGACGUCGACGUUCAGGGCAUCAUCCGGAAAACAGGGUCCCAAACAGCGUUGGUCCGGUAUGCUUGUUCGUUCAGUGCGUCUAUUGAUCCGAAUCGACCGUUCAAGCUCUCUGCCGAAGAAUCCAAGUCCAUUAAUAAGCUCCCGGUGGUGCUCGCGCGGCAGGAGAAAGUCAACAAGCGCAAGCAAAAGUGGGAAGAUUCCGAAGCUAAGCUACUUCAUUUCAAUAUGGCCAUCUCUCAGCGCUUCAAGGAUUGUAAGCCGAGCCUCCGUCUACAGGAGAAGCUAGAACUUCUCAAGGACCGGACGAUAGAAGCGAAGCAGCGGUACAAGAUCGCAGGCCGCGAACUGCGCAAUGAGAAGCAGCGACAACGAAAUCGACGGAUCCGGGAGAACCUGGAGCGCUACAGGAAGGAGCAACCCGUCAUUGACAUUGAGCAGCAACUAGCAGGGAAGCUGGUAAACAGAAAAGUAAUGGACAUUCUGGAGCACAAGAGCCUCAUGCCUCCGCAGCAUCUGGCAGUAAUUGACGCCACACUAACUAUGCCGGGUACCACCCUCGAAGCGGAGUAUCAGCGCCGGAUUAACGCGAUUAAUGCAAUGAUUGCGUUCUGCCCCGUGGAAGAGGGACGACCGAUUCCUCGAACCACCCAUUCCCGCCGCCGGCCCGUACCUGACGAUGACAAUGACGAAGUCGAUGCCCCUGCCAAGCGGCAACGACACACAUUGGAGGAUGAUACCGAGAUCGCCCUGCGGCAAGCAAUAGAGUCCGUGCGGGUCAAGGAUCCAAGGGAGCGGCCGACAAUCUGCUUUCUUUGUUUGGGAAAUCCUAGUCUCCCGCUCAAGGAGCGGACUGCAAAACAUGCAACGCCGGGUUCUCUUACCAGACAUUUUAAGCGAAAGCAUAUUAAUCCUCCGUGGCCGGCCAAAGGGCUGGAAUGUAACGUCUGUGGGAUGCAGUCGCUUGCGCGGAAAGCUGAUCUCCUAAAUCAUGCAGAAUAUUGUCACGGAACAGUUGUGCGAGGCCGAGCUCAACAGAAGCUGGCACAAGAAUGCCAAUGGCGUUCACACCAGGCCGGAGAACUGGUCGGUCAUCCGUCUAUAUGA